ACAAAAUAUAGCGUCAUCAAAUUGUGAGCACGCACAAGGUAGCGGUUUCAUCGCAUCUGUGGACCAAUUUACUGCAUUCUACGCUUAUAAACCUUCCACAAUGCCAGCCAUUAAGCUGAAGAAGGCAACUCAAGAGUAUCUGGCAGAAAAGGAGAGAGAGAAAGAGGCUAAGGCUGCAGCAAGCCUAGCUGCUGCAGCACCACCACCACCAGUUGAACCACCUGCAGCACCCAAAGCUGUUAAACCCAAGGCCAAAUUCCUUGAAGCAGAGGUCCUGUUUGAGAAGCGCAAACGUACCAUACCACCAGCAGAACUUAGGGCAGGAACAUGGCUAGAUGACAACCUUGAGGUGAAGGAGGGCAUUAAUGUUUCUCUAGUAGCCCUGUAUGAUUACUACACAGAGACAUGUGUACUUGAGGAGGGCAAGGUGGUGGAUGUCCCAGUGUUUAAUCGGUUGGUGAAAGACAAAUUUGGAAAAGAUUAUGGCGUGAAGGAGGAUUCUGCACUAAAAGGACUUGUAAAAGAGCGGAAACAUUCUGAUAAAAAACCCAAGGUGCAAGCUGAAUCUCUGAACCUGAAGAUGAAGGACAUUUUGGAGGAAAUUAUCAAUGAAGCAAAGAACCCUAAUAAAGGCUUAAGGUUUCAAACAUUAAAGAAGAACAUCAGCGUGAAAUAUCCAGCCCUCCAGCUUGAUAUGAAACCACAGAAGUUGUUAUCUGCUCUCAACAGGGGCCUCAUGUAUGGACACCUUGAACUAGUGAGAGGUACAGGUAAGUGUGGGUUUUACAGACUUCCAGGCGAAAGUACUGCAGAAGAAGAUCUGCAGAAAGAAACAAAAGAAAAGGAAAAGAAGCAAAAGAAGAAGGACAAAAGUGACAAAGAAAAUGAUGGCACAGCAGCUGAAGGUGAAGCAGCAGAAGAAGAGGAAGUGCCUGAAAAGGAGCACAAGUCAAAGAAAAGCAAGAAAAGGAAGAGGAAAUCUGAAGAGUCUGAGGCAAAGGAGGAUGGAGAGGCAAAAGAAGAAGAGAGUGGAGAAGCACCUAAGAAAAAGGCAAAGAAAUCAAAGAAAAGUAACAAAAGGAAACGUCCUGCAAAAAAACGUGGAGGAGGAGGUGCAUCUAUGCACAGUGAUCCCCAGUCUGUGUCCGAUACAUUCUCCUUGGCUAUUACCUACAUGAGUGACCCCAAGGACGCCUCUGUCUCCAAGAUCAAGAAAUACAUAGCAGAUCACUACCCAGAUACCAACAUUGAAGCAAAAUUAAAGAAAGCACUGGAGAAGGGAGUGGAAAAGGGAAUGUGGGAACAGGUGUCUGGAACUGGUAGUACAGGGAAGUUCAGGCUGUUGGCCGAGGACUUCAAUCCUAGUGAAGCCAAAUCUAUGGAAGACAUGGUCUGUCAGGCAAUUGUAGCAUGUCAUGAGCCAAAGCAAGCAUCAGCUGGCCUCAUAAAAAAAUACAUUGUGGAGUACCAUCCUGAAUUUGGCAUUGACAACAAACCACAUCUGUACAAAGGAGCGCUGAAGAAGGCAUGUUCAAACAACAAGAUCAGACAACUGUCUGGAAUCGGAGCAUCAGGAUCAUUUCAACUGGUAGAAUCAUUUUGCCCCUCACCAGCCAUAUUAGCUGGAGAUGCUGAGGCAGAAGCAGAGGAGGCAGCAGCACAAGGGGAAGAUGAUACUGAGGAGGCUUACCCGGAAAUGUACAUCGUCCGUAAAACCAAGUCUGGACGCGGUGGCAUCCCAGUUACUGUUCUUACGAAGCAGAGAAAGCGCUGACAUCUUCAUUGAUCAGGAUGAGAUUCCCAUUAACUCAUUGUUGUCAUUCUUUCCAGAUUUCAAAGUCAUCAUUAAACCUUGCAAGAGACAUGUGACGAUUACUUCAUUAACACUGACCAGCAAUGAAAGCAUUAUUAUAUCUCUUAUAGAUUUUUUCAAAGUAUUGUUAUAAUUAUAUAUUACAUGUAUAUAUUGAAUGUAGUAUCAGGUCUGAAUUUUGACUGUUUUUGUGCACCAUGAUUUUGGAAAACACCCAAGUAUUUUAGUAUUUAUAUAAUACCAGUAGUGUAAUAAAGAAAAAAGCCUGUUUUCAUAUCGUUUAGGAGAUUUUUACACUUUACUUUAUCAUGAGGCAGGUCAAUCCGUUACUUGAUUAUGCCUGGUUUUCUAAAUUUUCUUAUUCAUAGCCUUCUUGCUAUCUUUAGGAUAUUUUAAUUUAGCGAUAAAUUUUACAGUAUAAUCAUUUUAAACUGAAUUGAUUAUAACAACUUCUUAUAUCUCUUAAGUAGCCAUUAGUCUUUUAUGAGAAAUUAUUUUAAUAGGUCAGGAUGUGUAAUGUUUAAACAUUAUAUUAAAGAUCCAAUAUUGAUAUUUAGCUUGACACCAGUUAUGAGUAACCGUGAGCUAAUGCUGUUGUACCGACAUCCCAAUCAAAUUUAAAAAUUUUUUUUUUUCAAAAGCCUCAAUUUCAUAGGUAUACAACCCACACUGUUACAAUUCAGUAUACACAUUCAUAAGAGGUUUAAAAGUCAUUUUAUGGUAAAAUAUUAUGGAAAUAUUUUGUAUUUUGUUUUUAGAUUUUACCAUGUUUUGGACUCUUUUUUUUUUUACAUCAUAACCGUAUUUAAAGAAUUCUAAUCCAGAAUUUGAAGUCUACAUAGAGAUCUACUGUUUUUGUAUAAGAUACAUUAAUUUGGCAUUGAGACUUUAUAUCACAAUAAGUUUCUAAAAUUUAAGUGCAUUUGUAUAAGCACUUUGCAUUGGCUGUCACUGGUGAGCUUCAUAAGCAUUGAUUGCACUUGUUAUCGUUGUAUAUUGACAAUGUCAGUUAAAAUUUUUGAAAGAUUCAUUUUUAAUACAGAAGAUUAGCACAAGCUGUAUGACAGAAGGAUUUUAAUUCUCUGUCAAAUUAUUGUUUUAAUAUGAUAUUCAAAACUGUAUUAAAUAAAUUAAUAGCCAUCUUUUAACAAUUUUGUUUCUGUGUUUAAAUCGUUGUCACUUGAUUUUAGUAACAUGUGAUUCUGUUACAUGUUUUAGUAUGGUGUUAUUUGUAUUUUGUAUAUGUUGUGGGGUGUUAUUUCCACUUUGUGGUGCUAAAUAAAUGCUGACAAAUAUUUCAUUUAUCACGGUUGGAAAAAUUUUAUGUUUGUUCAAUAUGUCAAUAUAUAUUUCAAAUGUCAAGGAAACAGGUUUUUGCAUACUACAUGUUUUCACUAUACUGACACAUUUUGGUAAGUAUUCACGAAUUUGAGACUCUUGUUGAAAAUUCUAACAGUUAAUUAGCCCCUUCCGUUUUAUGCACACAAAACAUAUUCUGUUUACUGUGAAAUAAUUCAAAAAUAUUGAUGUUGACAAUAAAGACAUGAAAUCAAUAUUAAAUGAAAGUAAUAAAAUCAUGCAAAAAAGACACUGAAGGUGGCUUAGGGUUCCAGCAGAACCCAGGUAAAGGCUCGGGUGGCAGUGGCACAGGAACUAUUUCUGCAUGUUUUGAAUAAAUGGAUCAAAAACUUAAUAUACUUGAAAAUUGACCCUGAUGCAGGAAGGUUAGAGUGUGAUAAGUUUACAAGUUUUGUCGCUGUUGUGAAAAUGUGUACAGAAGUAUUUAGACAUGAUAAAGCCAAAAAUAUGUGUAUCUGAAAUUGCAUUUGUACGAGACCAUCAUUGUGUAAUAAGAAUUCAUUGGUGUUUUGAACACUAUCAGAUGAUACCACAUUAUAGAACUUGUAUGACUGAGGACACUACAGUGUCAAAACAUGAAAGUAAAAUCAUUUAGUGUUGUCUUGUUAUCAAUCUCGCUACAGAUGAAACCUUCCAAAAUCUAUGAGGGCAUUUCUCACUGUCUAUGUUUUUUUUUUGUUUUUUUUUACCACUAUUGUUGCAAAGUUCCAUUAUUAUCGGUUGGAAGAUGAAACAUAAGAAGGCAGAAUUUCAUUUUAAUUCUUGAAUUUUAAGAGAUUUAUCAUAAUACUACUGGUAAAAACCAAUAUGCUUAUCUCAUUGAAGCAGACGUUUGGAAAUAUUACUACUUUAGGUGAUUUCCAUGUAUGUAUUUUUUUGAUGCAGGCCAUUAUUUUGUUGCUUUAUUUGUUUUGUUUUUGUCCAUAAGACAACUUUAUAGUUUUAACCAUUAUUAUGCCAUUGCUAGAAUGUCGGGUAAUGCUCACAUUUUUAAUGCAUUUUUAACAUCCCAGUUAUAAUUGUAUCAAAAAGCACUCUCUUACUUAUCAACAUAAACCAUGUACAAAGGAAGUCAUGUGAAAGUUGCACUGUAAUUGAUCAUUGUUGCCUAAUAGUUAUUCAUUUUUGUUCUAUCACAGAAAUCAGUCCACUUCAUGCUUAUUGUUUCAAUAUUUUGUAUUGAUGGAAAUCAUACACUAUUUCAUCCUACACAGGGGCCAGGCACAGUGAUAUAGUGUUUGGAGGAAUUGUUUAAAUAUAUAUCAACAUUGAUCAUUACAUCAAAGUGUCUGGCCUCUGUGAUCCUAAGACUGUAUAGAGGGAGCUAUACUAUAAAAACGGAAAGGCAGCAGCAGAGAUAUAUAAGAAUUGUGUUCAUUAUACGUCAUACUUAUUCACAAAUUUUAUCAUCACUAGAUGUUGUGUUUUGUGGUGAAAAUUUCCAUCAUUUGCUUGAAUUUCGACUUUUUGUUUUUGGAUAAAAAGAAAUGGAAUAAUACUGUGGUAAUAUGUAAUUUGAAUGUUUAUGAAACAAGGGAUAUUUUUCACAUGGCUUUGGGGUUACCUUGGUUGUUUUGUCAAUAAACAUUGAACAGUCAUCCUUUUCUAACAUCGAUGUUAAAAGUCUUUAUUUACUGUUUUUUAAUAUUUCAAUGAAAUUUUUCCUAUGAUAGCUGUGUCUCAAAAUACAAAACCCUUGUGAACUGAAAAAAUUCCUAUUUUGAUUUAAUUCACCCAUGUUGAUAUUUUUUGGAAAAAAGUGUUGAUUAAAAGGGUGACCAAAAAGAGUCUGCAACCUUUCGUCAUUUAUAAAGGGUAUUUGCGAUUCCACAAUUUUGUAUACAUUAAGUAUGUUUGAUACAUGUAUAUAGCAUUACAUAUUUUUGCAUUUGACAAAAGUGAAGUGGGAUUAGGCCCCUAGCUAUUCUGAUGGACUCGUGACUGGUAGCCAGUCACAUUGAAUAGGGAAUGAGUGUACAGAUCAUGCAUGCUGAUGAUUUAUAAUUCUGUGUGAGCUUUAUUGAUCGUGUUUUUGUUGGUGUAUUACCUACAUUUGAUGUUAGUGGAUUGAUUAGCGAUAUUUACAUUCGUACACAGCCGCUCUAGCCGUAUAGACCCGGUUGUCUAGUAUAAACAUGUCAUAGUUAACAGCAAUAAAAUAACGUGACAUUCAC